AUGUCGCUUCUUGAUGGUGUCGAGACACACCCUCUGCUACAGACAAAUGACAACUUGCCGACCAUAAAGGACGAUCCAGUUCAGGAGUUUUUUGUCAUCAAGCAGGAGGCAAAGCUGGACGUGAAUUUUCGCGAGCGAAGGAUCGAUGGCACUGUUGACAUCUACAUCGUCAUCUUCUCCGAUAAUACCGAGGAGAUCCGUCUCGAUGCAGCCCACUGCGAAAUCGACACGAGUAAUGUGACCAUUACCGAGAUGCGAGACGUCCACGGGGAAGUGAUUGAGGGACAGAAGCAAAAGGUGUCUGCCGAAUACCAGGACCCGUACCACAAACUCUUUCAUUCCAAGAACUGGAACUGGACGGCCGAGCACCAUGACCUUCGUCGGAACAGGGCCCGAAAUGUCUUCUACAACCGAAAGACUGAUGUUCCCGCCGAGAAUAGAGAGAUCGAGGGAUGCACACCAGUCUACGGGUCGUUAAGGGUCAGUCUUCGUGGGGCCAAGGACAGCGAGCGCCCCAAGUUGAUAAUCAGGAAAUCAUCCUUGAACGUCGACGGCGCCAACAGGGGGCACAAGCAGUUCAAAGUGACCGUUCCCUUUACCAACAAGAACCCGCGGGAUGGCCUGCAUUUCGUUGGAGUGGAUGCUCUUGACAGUCGCUACACACACAUGUAUACACGACAUUCAAUCCAUCCAGGAACGGCAUCAUGCAUUUUUCCCUGCGUAGACGACCACGGCGCCCGGUGCGACUGGAGAAUCUCGAUACGAUUUCCUCGAACCCUUGGGGAAGCGCUCCAGCAAGCGCUGGCCACGCAACAGGACACCGCGGUCGAUGGUGUUGACAAGUCUCAUGACAAUGAUGACCGCCAGAUGCUGCUGGCAGAAGAAGACAAGCUCCGAGAGAUGACCGUGGUUUGUUCUGGGUUCCUCAUGGAGGAGACGAUCGACCCUCAAAACGACCACAAAAAGAUCAUGACAUUUGAGCCGGAAAAGAAGGUGUCAGUGCAAAAAUUGGGAUUUGCCAUUGGGCCGUUUGAGCAUAUCGACCUCUCAUCUGAAUUUAGAGCAGAGGAGGAUGAAGUCAAGCUCGGCGUGAGCGCCUUGAAGGUCCAUGCCUACUGCUUGCCUGGCCGCACUGACUGGGUACGCAAUACAGGGGCGGCCUUGACAAUGGCAGCGGACUUCUUGACCUACACCUUUGCUAAAUAUCCCUUUGGCAACUUCAAAAUCUGCUUUCUCGAAGACAUGGUGGAGGACACUGUGCCGUUGCAUUCGCUGGCAUUUAUCAGUACACGUCUGCUUUUCCCAGGGGACAUCAUCGACACUGAAAUCGAAACAACCAGGAAGAUUGUCUUUACUUUGACGUACCAGUGGAUCGGUAUCAACAUGAUACCCAAUACCCGCAAUGAUCUCUGGCUUGUUCUCGGUAUCGCCCACUACAUGACCGAUUUAUUCAUGAAGAAGCUCUGUGGAAACAAUGAACAUAGAUUCCGUAUGAAGACUAUGUCGGACAAGCUGGUCAUUGUCGACAUUGAUCGACCGUCUUUGUUCGAUCUUGGUCCAAACUUGCACUUGGGAGAGUUUGAAAUGGAUUUCAUGGCCUUGAAGGUCCCCGUGGUCUUCUUCAUCCUUGACAAACGAAUGAUUAAGGCCUCUGGUGGCCAUGGCCUGACGAGAAUCCUCCAAAAGUUCUUGACCAAGGCCCAGAUCGAAAGCAGCGAUCGUUCCACUAUUCUGGAUACAGAGAAGUUCAGAGCUGUAUGCGAGAAGGGCUCGCGGUAUCGUUUGGAGGCCUUUUGGAACCAGUGGGUAUAUGGCUCAGGCUGCCCCAGAUUCGACGUCAAGGCAAAAUUCAACAAGAAGAGGCUUUGCGUGGAGUUGACUCUUAAUCAGAUACAACACCAAGCAGCCAAGAGAACCGGGGGACUGGAAAAGGAUGACUUUUUACGGGUCGUCAAGGAGCGACGAGCCGGACUGAAGUUGGGAGAGGUGCAGCCGUUGUUUACUGGACCCAUGACUGUGAGGAUCCACGAAGCCGACGGCACUCCCUACGAGCACAUCCUUGAGAUACGGGAGGAUGCUACACGAUCGACAAAGUUUGAAAUCCCCUACAAUACUAAAUAUAAGCGACUCAAGCGGACGCGACGCAUGAAGGAGAAGCACAGUGGUGGCGCAAGCAUGGAGAUUGCAGAGAAUGCUGAUGAUGCGUUGCUUUACUGCCUUGGAGAUGUGCUUCAGACCCCGGACGACCUAAAGGAUUGGGAACUCAUAGAGUGGGACCCAGAGACGGAGCGAAAGAUGGACCAAGAGUCUUACGAAUGGAUACGUGUUGAUGCCGACUUCGAGUGGGCGUGUGAUAUGAAACGCACUCUCGAGCCGUACAUGUACGUUUCCCAACUGCAACAAGACAGGGACGUGGUAGCACAGCAAGACGCCAUGCUCUAUCUCACUCAUGGACCACUCCACCCUAUUGCUUCUGGCUUCCUUGUUCGAACCUUGAUUGACCGGCGAUACUUUCAUGGCAUCCGGACGAUGGCUGCUGAGGCACUACCGCGGCAAUCGAACAUCAAGGACAUUCCCCUACUAGGCUUGAGACAGCUCAUGAGGGCAUUCCGUGAAAUGUUUUGCUACCAACAAACCAACCAGCCGCUUCCGAAUGAUUUUACGGACAAGAAACAGUAUCAUGUUAGGCGUGCUGUAAUCAAGGCCAUUUCUGAAGUUCGAGACCAAACCUACCGCUGUCCGCUGGAAGCGCGUCAUUUCAUCCUGGACCAGCUCUUGUUUAACAACAACGAGGACAAUCCGUACUCGGAUCACUUCUACAUCGCCACUCUGGUCGAAGCUCUUGCUACAUCUCUCAUCCCAUCUAAGAAGGACGACUGGCUUGCUCGUCAAAGCAAAGCCCCAGAUGAGGAAGAGCGCCUGUUUCUUGAAAAAGCCAUGGAACAGAUCGAACGCGUCCUGCGGCGUGACGAAUGGACCAACUCGUACCAGAACCUGUGGACUAUUGCUGGCCUGGACGCGAAACAGCGGCUUAUGAAGGCAGAGGUUAUCCCAAAGAACUAUUCUGACUUCGCCCAAUAUCUGUUGGACGGCACCCGAGACUUGAUCCGUAUCAAGGCCUUCGAGGCUCUCAUAGACUUGGGAGCCCUCAUGGAUGCGACCUUCUUCAAUUUCUUUCUCUUUGCACUCAUGACGGACAGAUCCCCAUUCGUUCGCACCAAGCUCAUUCGAGCGAUGGCCAGUGGUCUUGCUGCAAUCGCCUUUGGAGAACAGACCAGGAUUGUCAAGAAUGAACCGGCGACGGACGAUAUCGAAGAGACGCUUCUCCUGGUGCAGGAUAGUGCCCAGGAGAUUGAAGCGAGGAAGGAAAGGAUUGCCCGUAAAGAAAAUCUCGAUGCUGCCCUCAAGGCUUUGCGAAAGGAAAUGGACGAGAUUUAUGUCAAGGAUGAACGAUUUUACAGCAAUGCAAUGCGUAAGGCGCUCGACCAUCGUGGCCUAGGACGAAGCGAGGUAGAGAGUCUGCUGGACUUGGCAGCCAUGAUGUUUGAGGAGACUCAGGGCUGGGUGCUGACGCUCAACCUCCCCAAGGCCUGGACGGUGGAGAGACCCGUCAAGAGGCUCGCUGAUCGAUUGAUUGUGCGCUUCAAGUCACACUACAAGACGCAACCGAAGGAGCCCAUUACCUUUCCUGAUGUUCCUGGAGACAGUCGACCGCCCGUUAUUCCUAAACCACCCUCUAUCAAAAUCAGCACCACCAAGUUGUCCACACCACAACGUCCCACUCCCGCUCCAGGCCGGAGCAAAAGCGAGAUCAUUGCCGCGUCGUGGGUGUCAAACGCCAAUGGUACGGAAACAAAGCUAAAGCCCGGAAAUAGUGCAACACAUGCGUCAGCCGCACCAAAGCGACCUCGACCGGAAAAUGAAAGCGGUACUCCUGUACCAAAGCGCACAAAGACCGAGUCAUCCAUCAUCGAUGGUGACAAGACAUCCAAGAAGAGGCGUAUGGUGACGCUGAAGACGGGCGACCCUAAAAGUUUGUCUGUGAUUCUUGGAUUGCCAACCGGGCCAGCACCCAUGGCAAGAACGGCGCUUCCUACCGGAGCCCCCAAGGAAGCUUCACCAGGAAGUUCCAGGAACAACAUCACUGCCAAGCCGAGAAAGCCACUACCUUCAGGCGAAGUUACGCGAAAGCCGCUGCCGGGAACGGCUUCACCGGUACCACAGUCAACACCAAAGUUGUCUAUUGACGCCAAGGUUGCAACGCCGUCGGCUGGCAAAGCUAGCAGCCCCCCUACCUCGGCGACACCGGUCAGCGCCAGGCCAAAGAUCAAGAUUAUCCGAAAACCACAGCCGCCGCCCACGUCCUAG